AUGCCGCCAGUCCUGCGACGGGGUAACGUGAGCUACGCGCCGUUGCUAACCUGUGGCAGGAGGCAGAUUCCAAACUGCCGGACCUCGAGCGGUCCGGGACAACGGUUUGGGUAUCUUCCAGCAAUGGCUCCUUGAGAGCUACCUGGGAUUGCCAUUUUUCUGGGCCAUAGGACGCCUAUGGCUCUCCUGUCCAAAGAUUAGCUAGUUUAUUGCGUGUUUGAGAGUUUAUUGGCGAAAGCUGCGGCGCGAAGAGGAUCAAGAUGUUCUGUCUUUGAGUUCUCCGAUAACUCGUGCAGGUAAUUUCUAUAGCAAAAAAAAAAGGAUAAUUUUUCUUGUUUCUAGACUUUGGCGUUUUGACGAUGAAGAAGGUGGACGACGUCGGCUCCCCUGCAGAACAGGGGGAGUUUUUAGCUUCAUAGAAAAGAAAAUAUUGCAAGCUAGAGUUCAAAAAAAGCGCUAGUAGGACUCUGUAAGGUUCCUGAGCGCCGACCCAUCUGCGCUCAGCGCGUUGUGGUACGCGAAGACAAGUCGAAGCCCAUUCCGAGGGCCAAGACAGAAACUGUUGACAGCGUGACGCUGGCAAAGCGAGGACGGAACCGAGCAGAAAAUGCCGCGCACGGCCUGCGGCGCCUAGGUUGUGAUGGCCGAGCGGAGCUCUAGCGCACCGCAUAGGUAGUUUUCACGUUGAGCUCUUCUAACUUGAGAUUUUUUAAACUGACUUUGAAAAAUACGCGAAUACCCCAUUUAUUUCGAAACACGACUAAUCUUAAAAAUUUUUAGCCACCAGCCCGGCGAUGACUUUGAGGUGGAUUUUCAACGAACCGAGGUGAAUUUCAAUCGAAGUUCGAAAAAAUAGUUUCAUUAUUUUCAGAAGUUUCAACUUGGCGGUGACGCGGAUGAAGAGAAGCUUCAUUAUCUCAGCCGAUCGAGUAUUUUUUCGAAAAUAUUAAAAAUUGAAUUUUUGUUUGGUUCUAGAUGAUUUCACUUGAAACUUGUGUCGAAACACGGAUAGAUAGCGUCUUGGGAUUUUUAAUUUUUGAAGUGAAUUUUUGAUUAAAUCUUGAAAAAAUUUAUUCCAUUGCAGAUAAUCUCCAUCUCAGUUGGACUUCAAUACAAACGAACAAUUUUUGGAGGACUCUGAUCAGUUCUUCCAUUAUUUCGUAGUUUAUUCUGACUCGUAAAAGACUAAUUUUCUUUUUAGGCGGUAUAUGCAAGUUCAUACGAUUUCGAAUCGAGUCCUUAAGUCCAACAAGCGUCGUUCCCUGCAACUAAUCGAAUAUUUUGAAUAGUAUAAUUUUUCUUAAUAAAAAAACAAAUUUCUUUCUUUUUUUUUUCAGAUUGGCCACGAUCCGUUAAAUCAAAGGCCCAUGACCCUUGCCCAGCGUAGCUUAGCUGUCCCUGGUAAGCUUUUAACUUUAUCAUUUUUUUUCAGAGAGAUAGCAAGUCGUCGAGUUUUAAUACGGGCUAAUAUAAGUCCACGAGCCUUCUGGCUUGGAACGAACUCACUCUCGGAGAGUUUGAGAAGUUCAGUGUCAUUUACAUUAAGUGAAUUAAAAAUUACAUUAAAAUGCUCAAAUUUCUUUUCUCUAUUUAGACAAAUUUUAACACAAAGCUUUUCAGACGUUAUUAGAAGACGGGUGCCUCUCAAUCGCUGCUUCAUCUACGAUUGA